AUGGGCGUCAUACUUCCAAAGCCACGUGGACAAAGAAACUGCGCAAAUAAAAAAAAUUCAAUUAAAUAUUGCGAAGGAAAGAUUGUUCAAAAUUUUGUUCUUAUUUGGUUAGAUACAGGUAUAACUGAAAUGCAAAAAGAUUGCCCCUAUACUAUUUCUGAAUUGAACAAAAUCUAUAAUUCAAUUACACUAUAUACUGAUUUGGAUGAUUGUCGCAAAUUCAUUGAAAAGCCACGAGAUGAACAAAUAUUUCUUAUUGUAUCCGGAAAACUUGGAGAAAAACUAGUACCACUUGUUCACAAGUACGCUCGACUCGAUUCCAUUUAUGUAUUUUGUGGCCAACCGGAUGCUCACAAAUGGACUCAACAAUGGAAAAAGAUAAAACUUGUUGUCAAUCAAAUUGAACCUAUUUGUGAAGCCCUCGUAAUCGAUGCUGCACAAUGUGAAGAAGAUUUAACCCCAACCAGUAUUUUGCCGUUGAACGAAUCUUCGAGUCAAUCGUUAGAACAAAUUAAUGCGUCAUUUAUGUAUUCGCAAUUGAUAAACGAAAUUCUUUUGCAAAUGAACUAUAAUACACGAGAAAUAGACGUCCUGGUUGAUUUUUGUCGACAAAUUUACAAGGAAAAUAAGGCUCAACUAAACAUUAUAAAUGAGUUCCGAAUUCAUUAUCAAAAGGAAACAUCUAUAUGGUGGUACACUCGUGAAUGCUUUGCAUAUCGAAUGCUCAAUCGUAGUUUGAGAACGUUUGAUAUUAAUAUUAUUUCUAUGAUGGGCUUCUUCUUGAAAGAUAUUCACAAUCAAAUCAAAGACAUAAAUUCAAAAAUAUCCAAGCGAACCGGACCAUUCGUCGUUUAUCGAGGUCAAGGAAUGUUAAACGAAGAAUUCGAAACAAUACGCAAUAGCAUUGGUGGUCUAUUGGCAUUCAAUAGCUUUCUUUCAACCAGUGAGGAUAUGAAUGUUGCUAUGAAAUUUGCACAAAAGUCUGCAGGUCGAGAGGGUAAAGCCUCUGUUCUAUUUGAAAUAGAAGUUGAUCCAGCGUUAACAUUGACUCCAUUCGCUACAUUAGAUGGUGCUACUGCGUGUCAACCUAAAGAAAAAGAAAUUCUCUUCUCAAUGCAUACCGUGUUUCGCAUCUAUGAAGUUAAGGAAAAUAAUGAUCAUAUCUGGAAAAUUAAGCUGAAAUCAGUAAGCGAUAAAGACUUGGCAAUAACACGAUUAACCGAACAAAUUAGAUCAGAAAUUGGCGAGGGGAGCCCAAUCGAUCGAUUAGGUCGACUAAUGAUUAAAUUAGACGAGUUUGAAAAAGCUGAAGCAUUCUAUCAAAUAUUAGCUGAAUCGACAACCACAGAUGAUAAGAAAAAAUAUGCUUGGAUACGUAAUCAAUUUGGAUAUAUUAGAUAUAAACAAGGCAGGUAUAAGGACGCUCUCUCAUUGUAUCAAGAAGCAAUGCAAAUUCAAGAGAAAUUGAAUGAUGGAAGGAAUCUUGAUCUAGCAACUACAUAUAAUAAUAUGGGACUUCUGUAUACAGAAUUGAAUGACACUUAUAAAGCACUUUCAUAUCACGAAAAGGCACUUUCCAUACGAGAAAGAGAUUGCGAUGUAAGCCUUGCAGAUUUAGCCUCAACUUAUAACAAUAUCGGACUCGUAUAUGAUCAACGAAAUGAUUUUUCAGCUGCAUUAUCACACUAUGAAAAGGCACUCCCAAUAUAUAAAAAAUGUCUCCCAGCCAAUCAUCCUUGGGAGGCGACGCUUUAUUAUAAUAUCGGCCUUGCUGAAGUAUUAUUGGGGAAACACAUGGUGGGACUUGAAAAUCUGCAGAAAGCAAGAAACAUACGGAAAAUAUCAUUACCAUCUAACCAUCCAUCGAUAGCAUCUGUAUGCAAUAGCAUCGGUGAUACAUAUCAAGAAAUAAGAGAUUAUCCAAAUGCACUCAAAUUUUAUGAAGAGGCAUUAGAUGUUGGAAGUCGGGUUUCACAUGUCAAUUACUCAAAUUUAGCUUUAACUUAUUACAGAGCGUCAAAAAUAUUGGACAAUCUCAAACAACUUGAUAAAGCGCUAGAAUAUGCUGAACUUGCUGUGAAAACAGUUGACAAGUCAUGCACACCAAAUGAUACAGAUAAAGUAAGGUUUAAAGAACAUUUGGAACAACUUCAAACAAGACAAUCAUGA